UCCAAAUAUAAGUAAAAUCAAAAAAUAUAUAUCUGAUAUAAGUCAUCAUCCCUAUAUAUAAAUACGCAGCGUCACUGAUCUUCUGCAUCCAAGCUUCAAAAAUCAAACUGAAGUCGAAAGCACUCUCUCUUUUUCACUCUCUAUUUCCAAAUCACUAGUUACGGACCUGUGUCAAACGAAAUGGACACCAAAGUUGCUUCCGUCGACGUCGCCUCUCUGGAUGGUGAGGUUUCCUCCGUAAAGACAUCCGUCGUUCCAAUCAGCCACUCCGAGUCCACUCUCGGCCGACACAUCGCUCGUCGACUCGUCCAGAUCGGUGUCUCUGAUGUCUUCUCCGUUCCCGGCGACUUCAACCUCGCUUUGCUUGACUACCUCGUCGCCGAGCCAGGACUCAACCUCAUUGGCUGCUGCAAUGAGCUCAACGCAGGAUACGCUGCUGAUGGAUACGCUAGGUCUCGCGGUGUUGGAGCAUGCGUCGUUACUUUCACUGUCGGCGGACUUAGUGUCAUCAACGCCAUUGCCGGAGCUUACAGUGAGAAUCUCCCCGUGAUUUGUAUUGUGGGUGGACCGAAUUCAAAUGAUUAUGGCACUAACAGAAUUAUCCAUCAUACCGUCGGAUUGCCGGAUUUUACCCAAGAGCUUCGUUGCUUUCAGACUAUCACUUGCUUUCAGGCUGUUGUUAACGAUUUGGAAGACGCACAUGAACUGAUCGAUAAAGCAAUUUCAACAGCCUUAACGGAAAGCAGGCCAGUUUACAUCAGCAUCAGCUGCAAUCUACCUACAAUUAGUCAUCCGACAUUUAGCCGGGAACCUAUUCCCUUUUCACUCUCGCCAAAGUUGAGUAAUAAAAUGGGUUUAGAAGCAGCCAUUGAAGCAGCAGCAGAGUUCUUAAACAAAGCUGUGAAACCAGUAAUGGUAGCGGGGCCUAAACUUCGUGUAGCAAAAGCAUGCGAUGAAUUUAUUGAAUUAGCAGACUCAUGUGGGUAUCCUGUAGCCCAGAUGCCAUCGGCAAAAGGGUUGUUUCCGGAAGAGCAUCCUCGAUUCAUUGGAACAUAUUGGGGUGUUAAUAUGUUGUCGGGUGAUACUGUUGUGAUUGCUGAAACUGGUGAUUCGUGGUUCAAUUGUCAGAAGCUAAAACUGCCAAAAGGAUGUGGGUAUGAGUUCCAGAUGCAAUACGGAUCGAUUGGGUGGUCAGUGGGAGCGACACUUGGGUACGCACAAGCCGCAAGUGACAAACGAGUGAUUGCGUGUAUUGGUGAUGGAAGCUUCCAAAUGACUGCUCAAGAUAUUUCAACAAUGAUUCGAUGCGGGCAAAACAACAUCAUCUUCUUAAUAAACAACGGCGGAUACACAAUUGAAGUGGAGAUCCAUGACGGGCCCUACAAUGUCAUAAAAAAUUGGAACUACACUGCUUUAGUUGACGCGAUCCAUAAUGACGAGGGUAAAUGCUGGACUAGUAAGGUGUUUUGUGAAGAGGAGCUUGUUAGGGCUAUUGAGACGGCGACCAAGGAGAAAAAAGAUUGUUUAUGUUUUAUUGAAGUGAUUGUGCAUAGAGCUGAUUCGAGCAAGAGCACGCUUGAGUGGGGUGCAAGAGUGGCUGCUGCAAGCGGCCGAGCCCCGAACCCUCAGUAAAAAUAUAUUUUACUAUAUGCAUCCGGAUGAGGAUUCACUAGGGUUUGAUGAUUUAUAAAGUGUACCGUGUCCGGAAUCUAUAUUCUAUGUUAAUAUUUUAACUAAGAAAGAAUAACGGUCAAACAUCUUGAAUGUAUUCGGCCCAUGUAUUGUGUAGCAUUAUGCUUGUAUUUUAUCUAUAUAUUUCCUUUUGAAGAUCAAUAAUAAGACUAUUCGUCAAUCAAAACUGAGUCUUUAAAUCAUGGAUGUAUUUGAUUAUUUUGAUUAAAAUUAAUGUAAGAUGUGUGUUUGAAAG